GGGCGGACCCAGGGGGAGGAGGAGGAGGAAGAGUUGCUGCUGAAAGGAGGUGGCGAAGGAGGAGCCGGAGCAGCUGCUGCCAGCCGGCGGGCACCGGAGUCCUGCCCGCUGCCGCACGAGUAGCCACGGGCGUGAUCGGGGCCAGACGUCUCCUCCUCCAUGAUCACUUUGGGAGCCGGGGGAAGAUUUUGCCUGGCAGUGAGAGCUGGUCUGCAUUUCCCAGGCGGGGCGGCGGCGGCGGCGGCGGCGGAGCAGCAGCGGCAGCAGCCGGGUCGGAAUCCGAGUGGCCGCAGCCCCGGGCGUGUGCGCCCCGCGCGGAGCGUGCUCGGGUUCCCCACGGAAUGUCCCCGGGACGCCCGGCGCGCUGACCCCCCAGCCGCCUCCGCCUUCGGCGCCUGCUACCUCUCUCCGGCAGGCUUGGUGUUUGGGACUGCAAGCUUCCCGGCUCCUGGGCAGUGGGGAAGCCCCCGGGGGCGGGUGACCUCAGCUGGCCACGACCCAGCCCUCACCCGUGUGUAUCUCGCUUAAGAUGGCAGCGGAGUCAGGGGAACUAAUCGGGGCUUGCGAGUUCAUGAAAGAUCGCUUAUAUUUUGCUACUUUAAGGAAUAGACCAAAAAGCACAGUAAAUACCCACUAUUUCUCCAUCGAUGAGGAGCUGGUCUAUGAAAAUUUCUAUGCAGAUUUUGGACCUCUGAACUUGGCAAUGGUGUACAGAUACUGCUGUAAACUAAACAAGAAACUAAAAUCAUACAGUUUAUCAAGAAAGAAAAUAGUUCACUACACCUGUUUUGACCAACGGAAAAGAGCCAAUGCAGCGUUUUUGAUAGGUGCCUAUGCUGUGAUCUAUUUAAAGAAGACUCCAGAAGAAGCCUACAGAGCACUCCUGUCCGGCUCAGACGCCCCCUAUCUUCCAUUCAGGGAUGCUUCCUUUGGAAACUGCACUUACAAUCUCACCAUCCUCGACUGCUUGCAGGGAAUCAGAAAGGGAUUACAGCAUGGAUUUUUUGACUUUGAGACAUUUGAUGUGGAUGAAUAUGAACAUUAUGAGCGAGUUGAAAAUGGUGACUUCAACUGGAUUGUUCCAGGAAAAUUUUUAGCAUUUAGUGGACCACAUCCAAAAAGCAAAAUUGAAAAUGGUUAUCCUCUUCACGCUCCCGAAGCCUACUUUCCUUAUUUCAAAAAGCAUAAUGUGACUGCCAUCGUGAGGCUGAACAAAAAGAUUUACGAGGCGAAGCGCUUCACGGACGCGGGCUUCGAGCACUACGACCUCUUCUUCAUCGACGGCAGCACGCCCAGCGACAGCAUCGUGCGGAGGUUCCUGAGCAUCUGCGAGAACGCGGAGGGCGCGAUCGCCGUCCACUGCAAAGCUGGUCUCGGAAGAACAGGGACGUUGAUAGCCUGUUACGUCAUGAAGCACUACAGGUUUACACACGCGGAAAUAAUCGCUUGGAUCAGAAUCUGCCGGCCCGGCUCCAUCAUAGGACCCCAGCAGCACUUCCUGGAAGAAAAACAGGCAUCGUUAUGGGUCCAAGGAGACAUUUUCCGAUCCAAACUGAAAAAUAGACCAUCCUGUGAAGGAAGUAUUAAUAAAAUUCUUUCCAGCUUGGAUGAUAUGUCUAUUGGUGGAAACUUACCUAAAAUACAAAAUGUGGAGAGAUUUGGAGAGAAUAAUUUAGAAGAGGAUGAAGAUGUGGAAAUGAAAAAUAACAUAACCCAGGGAGACAAACUCCGUGCCUUAAAAAGUCAGAGACAGCCACGCUCCUCGCCAUCCUGUGCAUUUAGGUUGGAGGAUAUGAAAGGGCAUCCAAGAGCAGUGUCCCAGCCUUCCAGAUUGAGUUCUUCUCCACAAGGAUCUGCAUCUACUUUGAAGACCUCAAAAGUGGCUUUGUCCCCAUCAGUGACGGCCAAGAGGAUAAAUAGAGGCUCCUUGUCCUCCAGCGCCAGUGUAAGAAGCUUUUCCAUAAACUCCCGGCUAGCCAGUUCCCUCGGGAACUUGAACGCUGCAGCAGAUGACCCAGAGAACAAAAAGGCCGUCUCACCCUCGAGGGUGGGUUUCAUAGCCAACCCGUUCACCAACCUCCUGAAUGGCAGCCCCCAGCCGCCUGCCAGGAAUGACCCUGAGCUCAACAACAACCAGUACAGCAGAAGCACCAGCAGCACUGGGAACCCCCUGAACAGUCAGCCGAGCCCCCAGUGCGCCAAGACGGAGGAGCCCAGCACCGCCCUCCGGCCCUCCUACACCGGCCUCUCUUCUUCCUCAGCGAGAUUCCUGAGCCGCUCCAUCCCCGUAAGUUCGCAGACACCACCUCUUGGCCCUGAGAACCCUGAAUGCAACUUUGGUGCUUUGCCUUCCCAGCCGAGGCUGCCACCAAAGAAAUUUAAUAGCGCCAAGGAAGCCUUCUGACCGAUGCCUUCCCUCUGUGCUGGGAAAUUGUCUCUGCACGUGCAUUCUGCUGGCUCCUCUUCAAUCCCUUCAGUCUGAAUACGUUCAUUACUAAGGCCUUGCUGCUCUGCUGAAAGCUGUUCCACUGUUAGACAGUUUCUUCAUCUGGACGAGCAAACGUAGAGAGAGAGCAACUGCUUGCCGAGGCGUCUCUCUGCCUUCUUACCUUAAAGGGAGCACUAAGAUAAGACCUUCGUGAGACUUGAACCCAGAAAACUCUGGUUAAUGACUACUAUAUAAUGCACUGAAACCAUGUUUAUGGAGAUGUCAGCCCUUUUUAAGACAGUUUUCAUGCUGAAUUUGGUAUUUUGAAAGGUGAUUUUUAAUGUGUUUCGGUAAUACGUUUGUUAUUACAUUUACAUGUACAGUGUUACAUUAUGUAUGUAUUACGAACUUUAAAAGGCUAUUUUGAUAAAUUUAUAAAUAUAUAAAAUUAUGUAAAAACUAGACUAUAUUUUGAUGUAGAUUUUCUUGCUGUUUGCUACCAAAAAUUUGUAUUUUGAAUUUUAGUAUGGUUUUAUCUACGAUGAAUAAAUAAUUCCUCUUUGUUAAGAAAGAGUGAGGGAGAAAGUUUUUAGAAAGUGAUUUUUAUGCCCUCCCCCCUACGAAUACGGUGCGCCGGUUCAUUCUUUCGAAAAGUCAGUCUAACUUAGCAGGUUUCCCCCGUUUAUCUCUAGCAAGCGCGCAGUUGUUUGCUGUGGCUUGUUUAGACCGUUUCCUUUCCCUUUGUUUUUGUUGUUGAGCCAUUUAGUUUUGCAUCUUUGGGGGCUUUAAGAAAAUUUAACAUCCAGUUGAAGAUCAGAAUUCACUGACUAUUUCUCUUGAAAGCAUGAUUUUUCUCUAUGAAGUGACUCAACAGUCCCAAUGCCUUUCUUUCUUUCCUCCUCGCAAAAGAGUUCUUAACCCAACUAGAAUAUUCUGAUCUUGGUACGAGGUUUUUGCCCGUAAUCUCACAUGGUCUGGCACCAGUUUUAAAUCAAUGAAGAGAAAAAAAAAAAAACUGAACAAGAUGCUGCUAAGGAGUUCAUGUAUUAAAGGAGAUACGUUUAAAGUGGAGUGCAACCUCCUGACACACACACUAAUAUGUAUCUGAAACCUAAACCGAAAAUGAGGCGACUCCUGGUACUUCACAGCCCUUGCAAGUAUGUGUAACCUUAUACUUAGGCUCUAGAAGCCUGGAAGCUUCUUGUCCAUGGGGAUUUGGGAGUCUUAGAUCCUGAUCGUCUUCCAUGCUGCUUAAGAAUGGACUCCUCAGAGACAGUUAAAUGGAUUCAUAUGAAGUGCUUUUCUCUCAUUGAGUUAUUUAUAAUGUAUUUAUUAGAAGGGGGUACCUUGAGACUAUUACACAUGCUUCAGCAAAACAUCUUCUUUAUGUUUUACAUUUUAAAAAAGGUAUUUGAAUGAACGUUUGACUCAGGUUCGUCAACUUAACCUGCAAAAACUGCAGUACCAAAUAAUUGCACUAAACGGAUGAACAAAUUAAUUGUAUGUUUUAGGAACUGAAAAUUAAAGUAAGUGGAAUUAAAUUGUAUACCUUUUCUAAGGCUGAAAUAGUAAAAUAUUUUAUUUGAGUUAUUAUACAACAUGAUUGGUUAAUUAUAUAGGAAGGUGAUAGUAUUUUAAAAAAAUUAUCAGUGAAAAAUAAUUCAGAUGACAUUUGAGAAGUGGGGGAAAGGAAACCAUAUUGACAGUUUUAGUUCUGUGAACACUAAUCUGUGUGCAGCUAUUAAAUGAUUGUAAAACCGACUACUGUAAAUUUUCCAUAAGAAUGUGUGUAUAUUGGUCAUAUGUAUCUACAUGGGUAUGUCUUAAAAUUAUUUAUACACAUGUGCAUACAUAGACAAACCAAGAAGUAUAUGUAUAUAAUAUAGAAAGUAUAUAGCAAAGUGAUUCUACUCCAAUAAUAAAAAUUGUUUGACAUGUAUUUUGUUAUGAAUAGUUUACCUUCAAAAAGAUAUUUUGUCCUAUUUUAAAGUGUAGAAGAAUACACUGCUAAUAAAUAAUAGAAGUUUUAUGCAA